GAACAGAUCAUUAAUAUUCUCUCACAUGUGCGGUUUGUAGCUUUUAUAAAAAUGAAGAUGUACAGGAUCUAAAAUAACUUAUAAGAUAUUGUGUCGCAUAAAAAGUACCGAAAUGCAGGUUUCCGCUCCGAAUAAUAUAAAAAUCUAUAAUCUUAGCGCUGGGAAAUCUCUUCCUGAGUGGUUAUCUGAACGAAAACGAAGGACUUUAGUAAAAAAAGAUGUCGACAUACGACGGCGCAUAGAACUUAUUCAAGACUUUAGUAUGCCUGGUGUGAGUACGUCCAUUAGAGUUUCUAGAGAUGGGCAACAUAUUCUUGCAACAGGUAUUUACAAACCACGUGUGAAAUGUUUUGAUGUGCAAAACUUGUCAUUGAAGUUUGAGAGAUGCUUUGACUCUGAAGUAGUCACUUUUGAAGUAUUGUCAGAUGAUUAUAGCAAAUUAAUAUUUUUACAUUGUGACCGCAAUAUUGAAAUUCAUGCUGCUCAAGGAAAAUAUUUCAAACUCAGGAUACCACGAUUUGGAAGAGAUCUGAAAUAUCACUAUCCAUCAUGUGAUACUUUUAUUGUGGGUGAUAGUAAUGAGAUUUACAGGAUAAAUCUCGAACGUGGUCAGUUUUUACAAUCAUUUGAAACUGAAGCAAGUUCAAUAAAUAAAUGUGAUAUAAAUCCAUCACAUCAUUUGCUCGCGGUCGGUACACAGGAAGGAAAAGUUGAAGCUUGGGACCCAAGGAUGAAAAAGAAAGUUGGCAUAUUGGACUGUGCUCUACAUUGUAUUAUCCAUGAUAAGUUUGAAACAGUUCCUGCAGUCACAGCUUUGAAAUUUCAAGGAGGUUUGAACUUGGGAGUUGGCACAUCGACGGGGCAAGUAAUGUUAUAUGACAUAAGAUCCAGUAAACCAUAUUUAAUGAAGGACCAUAUGUAUGGCUUACCAAUCAGAAGUAUAGAGUUUUACGAAAAGAUGGAUCUUGUUUACUCUAUGGAUAGCUCCAUUGUAAAAAUAUGGGAGAAAAACAGUGGCAAGAUUUACACUUCUAUAGAGGCUCAGAAUGAUUUGAACGAUUUGUGCGUCAUACCGAACACUGGUAUGCUCCUAAUGGCUAAUGAAACUCCAAAGAUGCAGAUAUAUUACAUCCCUAGUCUUGGACCUGCACCUCCCUGGUGUAGUUUCCUCGACAACCUCACGGAAGAAUUGGAGGAGCUGAAUUACGAUAUUAUCUACGACAAUUACAAAUUUAUCACCGAGAAGGAAUUAGAAGAAUUGGAUCUUUUGCACCUAAAAGGCACAAACCUGCUGAGGGCUUACAUGCACGGUUACUUCAUGGAUGUACGAUUAUACAGGAAAGCAAGAGACGUAAUGAAACCGUUUGAAUUCGAAGAGUAUAAGAAGAAAAAAAUUCGAGAGAAGAUGAAGGAAGAAUGCGCUAACAGAGUACAGAUACAAAAGUUACCGAGCGUGAAUCAAGAGCUAGCGUUGAAAUUGAUGGACCAUGCGAACAACAAAAAUCGCAAGAAACAGGUGUCUUCCACUCUGCUGCAUGACGAGCGAUUCAAGGCUCUCUUCAGCAACCCCGAUUUCCAAGUCGACAAAAAUACCGAAGAAUACAUCCUAUUAAAUCCUGUUAUUUCUCAGCUUGAUAAGAGCAAGGCUAAAGAACUGAAGCAGCGAUUAGCGCAGGAAGAAAAGGACUCGCGGGCUAUUCCUGACGAAGAUGGAGCGCAAGGCAAUAACUCGGACGAGAGCGUCAAAUACGAUAGCUCUGAUAGCUCGGACGACGAGAAACUGUGGGCUAAAGAAGUGCGAAAGAAUUAUCGCUUGCUAAAGAAGAACGAGAGAGAGGAGGAGGAGGAGGAGCAAGAGAAUAGUGGGGAAGAGGAUAAUAACCCGGCCGCGAAGAAUGAGCCGAGGCUAGGCAAAAUUAGGAAUGGCGUGAAGUUCGAGGAGGGCGAGCCAACGACCAGGAGAAACAAAGCAUCGUUCUCGGACAGACUGAAGAACGAGGAGGUUCACAACGCGAAGGUGUCCGGUUCGCGCGGUUGUCGAGAAAUGACUUUUACCGUCGGCAAGAGAAAACGACCUAUGGAAGUGAAACAUCACAGGAAAGAGUUUAAACACCUGUUACGACCGGCAGGGAAUAUCUCCAAGAAGAGACGUCGUUGAUCUAUCGUCAAUGGAUUUUUGUUCAACGUAUAUUGUUAAUAUUUUUUAAUAAUAUGUAUACAAAGAUAACUUCGUA